AUGCAAAAUAUAUACCGGGCCCCUUCGCCAGCUACCCGCAAGCGAAAGGCGCAAGAGCUACUCGCUAAACAUGCACUAGCCUGGGAGGCCAAUAUGGAGCGAGCGUCAAUACUUAGAAAGGACACUCAAUCUAUCUUGAACAUCUCUACCUUGCACCGAGAGAAGGUAAGAUUGGAUGCUAUCAAUGAGGCAAAGCGACGGCAGAGGGCAAAUUUAUCAUGGGAGUCAUCCCUUCGCACCCUUCAGACUACACAGGUUGUUCCUGUCGGCGGAAGAUACUCAGGUUUGCAGUGUGUAGUUUCCAAUGACCCCAAUGCGAUAAGCCUCCAAAAUAUUAUCAACAUGCCCAAGUAUCGUGACUUUGCUCAUCACCUUCCAGACGAUCUACGCAAGGAGCUGGAAGAUUAUAGAUCGCGGGUUGCUCAGCGGGCUAUUUCUAGAGCCAUGCAGCCGUCCUGUGACCUACCAGAUGCGGAAUUUUCACUCUUGGCCCAGAAGACCCAGAACAAGCAUUCGCCAACAGGCCCAAAUCACUUGCAAGACUCACCAAAUAACGAACACUCAGUUACCAUAUCGUCAAGUAGGAUCACCAAGCACGAUGCCACCGCAGCCCCUGUAUCCUUAUCAGACUCAAUCUCUCCAAACACUACCCCGACAGACUGUCAGGUCAAUUCAGCCCGCACAAACACUACUGGUAUUCUUAGCACUCUCAAUGCGCGUGGGCAACGCUUGCCAGCCGGCACAGCUGCACAGAAGGCAGACAAGAUCGCCCAGUACAUUACAGAGAAAAACAGUCACAUAGUCACUACCUAUAUGCCCGAAUUAAACCUGAACACAGAUAAAAUAAACACGACCUGCAUCAUGGAGCCAAUCGCGUUUGCACUACAAGAGCUUCACCCGCGAAUAGAGAUAACGAACCUCACCACCGUGAUCUAUAAUUCCAGAGAAAAAGUAGGAUAUAAUGUUGCCACGGUAACAGUGCGUAAUAUGGGAGAUUCCGUUGUCUCAUUGAAGCUAGUUCCGAAAGGCGCGAUAGACCUGGCCACUGUGGACCCCAUUCAGUUUAGUUCUAAAAUGUCAAUGUUUGAAGGCCGGGACGUCUUCACCGACAGGGCCCGCAGCCCAGAGUCAACUCGAUCUCUCAUGAGCGUUAACAGUAAUGCACCCGUUCACAAACUCCGGCAGAAUUUAGGCGCGGUUCCUAGUAGUUCCGUCAACAGGCUUCUGGAUUUGGUGUCACAGGACCCCAAGCGUUACAAGAGCAACAUCUCUACUACAAGCCACAUGUCACUAGGAGCAACAGUCAAUAUUGUGGGCUCUUCAGAACCUUCGCGGAAUCAAUCCAAGAGGGGGUCUGUAGAGGAUAUAGAAACCAGGAAGCAUGCACUGAGCGAGACUCUCACCGCAAAUAUAGCUCCAUCACAAGCGGGAAUAGAUGCAAAGAGGCUCAUUCAAAAGUCGACAACCCCUGUUGAACUACGUGUCUUGGCAACACAGUUUCUAAAAGAAAAUAAGAGUACUGAAACUAACUUGAUAGUUUCCGUUCCAUCAUCUACUUGGAACUUAAACCCAGGGUGCUCUACAUCUAUAGGCUUUAUCCUACCACUUUCUGAGACAGGAGUUGCAGCUCCUGGCAUAAUACUUCGAGAAUAUUGGAUAGUUACAUCUCCUGCUGUUGAGGUAUCCCUUCUUAGUUUAGAAGAUACUCUGCAUGCAAAUAGACUGAUAGAAACGGCAGCCGAUGGUACUUCGACUCGGAUAAAUAUCCGAUGCUACGGCAUAUCUUCCGACUUCUUACAGAUCAGCAACUCCAUUAGGUCCCUCAGUAAGCGUGGAGUUAAAAUGAUGUCCGAUUUAUAUUUACGGCAGAUGUGCGCAGAGCUAGUUUCUGAACUGGUUUUCUUGGCCAUGGAGGUGUCCCGUGUUACUGAAUUAGAUAAUAGAGAACGAGUCAAAGAGCGGGGCAUAGCAAAAUAUAAUAUCAAUACUAAAGCUAUGCACAUUCACGAGACAGGCACUCUUAACGUGUCAUGGGCGGGGGUUGCUAAUGACAUAAAGCAGCUUCUGAGCGACCUCGUUAUUGAAUGCGAGGGGCUUGAUCUCAGUGUACAAUCGCUACUUGCAGGGUACACUGAUGAUUAUUUCCCCGAUGAGUUAGAAGCUUAUGGAUCCAUGCAGACGCCCAUCAAACAGCGGCGUAUAUUCGGGCUUUAUCACUUGGCGGCUGACCCUGAGGCGUCUCCCAUCAACUCCUCUCUUCCCCAUGCUCUUGUGUCCACGUUUGGGUAUCUAAAUGCGGCUCGGCUGGGAUCUUCUGGUUGCACACAGCACACCGAGAAUAGGGUCAACGCAACUCUCCGAGCGGCUGCACUGCCUCCAAUGCAAAUUCCUACAACCGCUAGAUUUGCGCUUGUGAAGGUUGACUCCCGCUUUAAAGCUGCAAAUGAAGGACUUGCAUGCAAUAUUAAGAGAUUUACCCACGAGAUUCUUCCGGCAAAGCAGCUCCUAUUCUACAAGAACUCCCCCCAUUACUUAAAGCUUGCUGCUUAUAACUCUGUCGCACUCAAAGCUUUUCUAAUGCCCCAUGUACCACCACGGCAAACAGAUUCUUCUCCAACUCUCUCUCUGCAUGGAAGCAUGAGACCACCAUUAGGCAAUGAGCAGGUGCCUACUGACUCUCCAGCACCUUUUUCCAAGAAUCCUGUGGGUCCCCCUUCUCAGGCAGGACAGCUGGAUAAGUAUCGUCAGUCCAGUCUUGCUCUCAUUCAGGAGCAUGUCGUAGUCGACGCUUUCUCCGACAAAGAGCCUGACUUAGUCGUGCUUUCCAGCUUGGAGUCUAUAGAGUACGAUGUCUUUUGCCGUGGCAUUGCAAGGAGUAAGGAGCUUCUAGCUUUAACCGCCCCAGUGGUUCCCACGUCACUAGCCAGAUUUCUUUAUGAAAGAAUUGGUUUUUAUUGUCAGAUGCUUCUAGAACAGCAGAUUGUUAAAGUGAUGAAUAGGGGAAAGGGAGCAACGAAGCAACGCCUUUCGCUGAUGUCCAACGGUUUAAUAAGUGCGUCUGCACGCCCCUCUUGGGCAGAAAAUCUGUCUACACUUAUUUCUAUGGCCUCUGCGACCUCAUCAAUCCGGCCCUUGAAUACCGUUUUUGGUGGCCACUUGUCUUCCUUUGACACUGAGCAACGAGGUGCCUUGGUGUACCUGGUUAAGCUACGGCACUUGCUUGAGCUUAAAGCUGCUGAAGGAGUCGGGAGCUUUGUGCCCUGCUUCUGGGAAAGUGUCUGUAAGGAGUUUGCACACCGCAGACGUAGCCUACAGACAUAUAACCAUAACAGCGAGGAGGAUGCACCGUUCGCACCCAAGACAGACUCCUUUAUGAUCUCAGUCUUCUAUUAUCGCCUGAAGUUGACGUGUCAGACUGUUGCAGAGGAAGAACACGCACGCUUAGAGGCAGAAAAGGUUAAGAAACCUCCCGGAGCCCAAAAGCCAAUUGUGGCAACAGACACAGCUAAAGAUAUCAGAGGCAACCAGGAGGGACUUCGUUCAUUCAAGCAUCUAUUUCUUAAGCAUGUGUACUACGCUGAUCCAGGGACCAAAGAGCCAUAUGAUGGGACGUCAUUAGCCUGUGCCCUCUCAGCAGUGGAGCAGGCGGAGCAAGCAGCUGAUGGAUCAUCGCCCAGUGCACCCAUUUUGGUAGAGGAGCAAGGGAUUCCACAAGAUAAAAUUGACACUGCCAUAGAAACCAUAGUCCAUGAUGUUGCAGAGUUAAUGCUCCGAGAGAUGUUAUACCUGCUCACCAUGUCUGGACGGAUGUACAUACCCUUCAUUUAUGCACUCCACGAAAUUAACCUGAUAGAUCCGCAUGCCGUCACACGUGGCGCAUCAUUUCCUCCGGAACAGAUUGACUGGAGCUACUAUCCUGAACAUCAGUACACUCCGUUUUGCCCCGAGAAUGUGUCCCAAAGCCACCGUAAUAUGCUAUAUGCACAUUAUGAGGUUGUUCUUUUCAGUGACCAAGCAACACCACCCCAUCCAUAUGCCAAUGCAACACUACACAAGAAGGGUCGUGUUUUCAGCAAAAAAAGAAUGGGUGACCAAUCUCCUGCAUUGACUCCGCAACGAAGCGCCUCUAACGCUUCUUUAACUGAUCAAGCACCACCUAACUUAUACUUGAUAAGUCAAGAGGAACCAUACACAAUUUCAGACUAUCUUAUUCUGGAUAAAGUAACACCACUCCCUGUGCCUGACGCCCAGUCAGGUCUAUUAAAGCGGCCACCGAUUAGCUCGGAGAAGCCCAGGGCAGUGUCAUCUAUCGAGUCGCAUCCAAUUAGAAUCAGAUGCCUCACAGGAGUACCAACAUUAGCGGUGGAAUCCGACAGAUUGGCCUGCUUAACGGGCCUUUCUUCUAUUCUAAAGGCAUCGUAUGAGAGGCUGAAGACUCCUCCUGUCCAGGAGCCAGUGAAAAAGGGGACGAAAGGCAAAGAGGAGCCCCUGCUAUCGAUGACUGCCAUUCCCCUGCCCAAGACAUUUUUAGGCAUCUUCUUUGCAGAUGCAGACCCCAACACCCUUGCUUCACGCCUGUUUUCCCGAUCGUUCUUUGAAGCUAAUGCAUGCUUUUUAACUGGUUUGACAUCAGCUACUACACCAGCAACGCUUAGCGAGACACAGACAGCGGCACUCUCAGACGCUUUCGAGUGCCUUGCCAUUACAACGUUUCAACCCUUCCGUCCUAUGCAGCUUAAUUAUGCACUCCUUGAUGCUGUCUUUGCGGCCAUUCAGCUAUCUUCUUUUCCAAAGACAGAGACCAUCGACAAUAUGGUGCACUACAUCAGUGUGGUUGGGUUUAGACAUGCCAAGACAGUCUUCAACAAGCAGUGCGCGGUAGUCAAUCGUGCGCGCGCGCAACUUUGCAAGUAUGUUGUAGAGAUAUGUUCAUGCUUAUUUGCAAAGAGUAUUGGGCUAUCUCUUCCACUUCAGCAACCGCCUGCACUGGGAGGCACGGGCUCCUCUUCUUCCUCCAAGUCUAAGGGAUCUGAUGCAACCACGCUGAGCUUAAUUCAGUUAGUAGACUCAUUCAAAACCAGCAUGUCUAUUUAUCUUGCUCAGAACUUCAAUUCUGAGGUUGUAUUCCUUGACCCAAAUCUACUACUCCACUUAGGGCGGCUCAUCAUGGAAAGCUCAUGUCCGGCAUUACCAGAUGUGCCUCAUCUCACUAAUAUAUUUUCCGAAAUGACAAAUUAUAUGAACCUGUCUCUGUAUGCUUACGGGAUUGAAGACUGCACUCCUUUUACUACUGAAAAGUUGAUCAGAAAUGUCGAUAAAAUCGAUGAGGAGCUCGACGAAGACCUGGAAGGAAAACUCAUGGCUACAAACAGCCCUGGUCACCAUCUGAAUCACUCUAACUUUUCCAGUACUAUAGCAAAACCGGGAAUUGCCAAGCGGUCGCGUAAUCGGGGCAACCUCACACUCAGUGUCUCUAUUAUGGAGGAUGGACCGAGACCGUAUUUGGGACUAACAGAACAGACAGAAGACUUGUAUCUAGAAAGCCUAACUUCACAGCAGAUCAAGGAAUAUCAGCUUGCAAAGGCGUUCUAUAAAGGGCUGGGCGAAGACGUCACCAGCGUUGAUCGCUUCACUAAGAAAAGAGUAGACUAUGAUCCAGAGUUUAAUGAACCACUUGACAUAGGCUCACUCAUUUAUGAGCUAAAGCUGGCAAGCUUCCAGAGGGAGUUUGAUACAUUCAUAGACGCACUAUUCACUCAUUAUACAGAUGAUCUAAUAGCAGAGCACUGUGAUCGUCUACGCCUGUAUGAUGAUGAGCUAGACGAAUAUGAGCUGACCUACCAGAAGCUGGUGGGCAUUGCUAACGGUGAGCUGACUGCGGAAGAGGCCGGUAUAGACCCUGAUGCUGCAAUUCAUCCGUCUGAGCUCCCCGUACCUGCUAAGCCUGACGUCACACUCUAUCCAACAUUUCAAAAGCCUGAACUCAAAAACGAUGCUGAUUGCUUUACAAUCCGCAAAUACAUUGGGUUUACGUACAGCUCGAGCUACCAGAAGACGUCUCUUGAGUACCUUGUAGAGGGCCUCAUCCUUACUAUGCUAGAGUUGGUUCAGAUUGCUAAACGCGUGUAUAGAAGCCAAGCACCCUUAGAGUACGACACUCAAGAAUAUGACAGAAAGUUUGAUGAUGCUGUUUGGGGCAUUAUAAGUGCAUGCGGUUACACCGAAUCUGAUGUCAAGGCAAUAGAAGCGAGAUAUGCGCUUCCAGACAGACUUGAAAGUCCAUCUAGCAACCAGGACGUGCACAGAGUUACAUCCUAUACAUACCUGAGCGAUGAGGUGGAAGACGAGCUAUCUGGGCCAAUGUCCGCGUUUCCAAAAAGACCGCCCAGUGAUUGUGUUGAGGUUCCCAAUACUAAUGAUACACUAGCGCACCGUGAAGACACGCCUUUCGAUAAGGAGAUGGUUGCACCUGAAGUCGCUGCAGUGGGAAGCAAAGAGGGCAUUGAUAAUGGUGACUCCGGCGAGGAUGGUGAAUGGCGUAAUGAUGCGCAGUUCUAUCAGGAGCCUCCGCAAUUGUCCAAAUCUUUCCAGGUGCCAGUGGAAACGCUCGAAAAGCUCUGUGCUCUCUUUUGCAUUAAGCCGAGCUCCUUGACAGAUGCAGAAUCCAUGAAGGCGCAGGCCCUUGCUGCCAUUCAAGCCAAGGACACCCCUGGCUGUUCGACCAUAGACGUCUCACUCAUAUCUUUCAUAGAGAACAUAGGUGUUAGGACUCUGAGUUCCUUCGAGUCUCUAUACUCCUACCUCUCUACACACAUUGACACAGCAGGUGUGUCUAGUGGGGCCAGCAAGGCAAUGCGUCUCCCCGUAUAUCUAUCUCUAUUGACUCCGAGUGGCCCUUUUGGAACUAUCUUUGCAGAUGCCAUUGUUCAACCGUCAGCCACCAAGUGUGCGUACGUUGUUGAUAUCACAGAGGAAAAUGCACUGCUCCUUGCAGGAAAUCUGGGCAUUUUGCCACCAAAACCGGAAAAGGAUAUGAAAUCCAAGACGAGUCCAACAAAGUCUAAUGCGCCUCAAAAAGAUCAAAAGCUCCCUACAAAGUCAGAGCUGGUUCCGCAAGAGGGCAAGAACCUCCUUGAUGCUGCCGUGGAGGGCUUGGCUGGCUCGUCCAAGUUCCAAGAAGGGGUCAAAGAAGGUGAGGAAGAGGCUACAUCGGAUGUAGACGAUUCCAUGGUCUCGCAAGUCGAAGAGGAGUACAUAGCACCAAUGAACAAGCCAGUAGAGAUAGAUACAGUGGCCAGAAGAGAUGUUUGGGGAGUUCUCUUUGACAGAUUUAUUGAUAGAGCCCUUACCUGGGUCGACGCAUGCAACAAGGUCCCUGAGCUUGUUAUCAAAGUUGUUAAUUAUUCCGUGCGAGACUUUGCCGACUUUGUAGAUUAUUGA